CAGCUAUCACUUUGUAAGCAAAAUAAUCAUAAUCUAAAUUUACAGUGUUCAUGUUAAAUUAAAACAGCAGAACAUAAACAAUGGAGGACUAUGAAAAAAUGGAACAGCCACAUGUAUUAAAUUUCAAUGAUAUAAAACAGGCAAUAGAAAACAUAGAAGGGAGUGUUAUACAUACCCCGCUUUGUGAAGCAAAAAUAAGUAAAUACAUGGAUUACAAUAUUUACUUGAAAUGUGAAAAUCUGCAAUAUACUGGAAGUGUCGCAGAGCGCGGUGUCCGCAACGCCUUCUGCUGUUCGGAGAACGCGGCCAAACAAGGAGUUGUCGUGCCUUCGAACGGCAGCAUGGCUCUGGCAGCCGCCUACCAUGGCAGGGCACUCGGUGUUUCGGUGAUGGUGGUCCUCCCGGAGCGCACGCCGCUGGCGCUAGUGCACCGCUGCUCGGAGCUCGGCGCAGACGUGGUCAUGUACGGAGAAAAUGUCCAAGACGCGACCAACUACGCACAAAAAGUGGCUGAAGAGAGCCACCGGCUAAUAAUGAGAUCAGACGACCCCGCCGUAAUGGCAGGACUGGGCACAGUGGGUGUGGAGAUAGUUACGCAGCUUCCGGAACUGGACGCGGUGAUCGUGCCCGUGGCGAGCGGUGGACUUCUCGCCGCUGUGCUCGUUGCUUGCAAGAAGCUCAAGUGCUCCUGCCUUGUUUAUGGAGCGGAAUGCGCAAAAGUUCCGAAGAUGAUGAAGGCGCUGCAGGCUGGGAAGCCGACGAAUGUGCCGGUCGUAUCCAAUCUAGCCGAGGGGCUUAACGCAUCCUCUGUGGGUGCUAACGCCUUUGCCACGAUCAGGGGCAAACUUGAUAGAAUGCUGGUAGUAGAAGAGUCGUCGAUCGCACAAGCCAUGGUGAGCGUGCUGGAGCGCGAGCGGCUCGUGGCGGACGGUGCUGGAGUCUGUGCCGUGGCCGCCGUCAUGCAGGGGCUAGUGCCGGAACUGAGAGGGAAACGAGCCGUGUGCCUGAUAAGCGGCGGCAACAUAGACUGCGGCCGUCUGUCGCGCAACAUCCAGCGGGGUCUGGGCGCCAGCGGACGGCUCCUUCGCUUCUGCAUCCCCGUGCCCGACCAUAGGAACGGUCUGGCGAACCUCGCGAAAGUUGUAUCGGAACAGAACGUAGUGCUGAAAAGCAUAGUCACUGAUCAGAUGCCCGUGUAUUGUGAUGUUGGAGCUACUUGGGCCAAUGUGGUGGUCGAGACGGGGAGUGAUGAGCAGGCGGCAAGCUUCAAGGACCAGCUCAGGGAUAUGUACCCUCGUGCGAGGUUUACGAUUAGCGACCUAGACGACAAACACAAACAUUCGUGCCGACCAUAGUUAUCAUCUUAGAUAGCAAAGUUUUAUAUU